AUGAGAUAUCUCCAGAUACUCCUACUAUUUCAGACGCUCUUACUAAGCGUCCUUUCGAUCUCAAGUGAGGAUGAGGCUAAGAUCGGCACCUUUUACAAUGAGGAUGCCUCAACACAUACAAACAAUUGGGCCGUUUUGGUGUCCACAUCACGGUUUUGGUUCAAUUAUCGCCAUAUGGCAAAUGUCUUGAGUAUGUACCGUACAGUUAAGAGACUAGGCAUACCAGACUCUCAGAUCAUAUUGAUGUUGGCUGAUGAUGUGGCGUGUAAUUCAAGAAAUGCGUUCCCAGGAGCGGUUUUCAAUAAUGCAGACCGUGGGAUCGACCUUUAUGGGGAAAAUGUCGAAGUGGAUUACAGAGGAUACGAGGUGACCGUGGAAAAUUUCAUUAGAUUGUUGACUGAUCGCUGGGGCCCUGAACAACCGCGCUCCAAGAGAUUGUUGACCGAUGAAAACUCUAAUAUUUUCAUUUAUAUGACAGGUCAUGGAGGUGAUGAGUUUCUCAAAUUUCAAGACGCUGAAGAAAUUGGCAGUCAUGAUUUGGCAGAUGCUUUCGAGCAGAUGUACGAGAAGAAGCGUUACAAUGAGAUUUUGUUCAUGAUCGACACCUGUCAAGCUAACACUAUGUAUUCCAAGUUUUAUUCACCAAAUAUUUUGGCGGUUGGAUCUUCGGAAUUGGAUGAAUCUUCAUACUCUCACCACUCGGAUGUGGAGAUUGGUGUGGCAGUCAUCGACAGAUUUACUUACUACAACCUAGACUUCUUGGAAAACGUAAACAAAAACUCUAACAAGACGUUGCAAAAUCUUUUUGAUACCUACACUUUUGAGAAUGUUCACAGUCAUGCCGGGAUCAGAACGGACUUAUUCAGGAGAAAUGUCUCCAACGUUUUGCUCACCGAUUUCUUCGGAUCGGUGCUGAAAGUGGUGGUGGAUGGAGUAGAGGAUGACUUGUUGUCGUUAAUCAACUUUAGCAAACGGUAA